AUGCAGCGCCUCGACAUUGAGCAGCAGUUCCGCCUGCGGGAGGCGGAAAAGACUCAGCGCCAGGCAGCGGAAACGGCUCUGUCACUCUCGUACUUGCACGAGGAGUACUAUGUGGCGGCUAGCAGCGCUAUCAUCCUCUUCAGUGGUAUCUGCGCCACCACAGGGGUGUUGUUUCUCGCAUCAGCGCUGCUGAUCAAGACAAGGCUGACGAAUACAGUCCGCAUGAGCUUUCAGUGCAGCGGUGUAAGUCUCAUUCCGCAGUGGACAAGCCCCUCAGUGUUCUCCAUCUGCAUGGCAGUGUGGAUGGGGCUCUUGGGGGUGCAGGUCGUGUGCAAUGUGCUACGGGAAGUUGCGCAGCAGCACUACCGUACCAUCAAGGAGACGAACGUGUCGUCGUUGGCGGACGUUUCCCUCCUUCACCGCAUCCAUGUGGGUACAGUGAACCCUCACCCUCUCUGGGGGUUGUCAACGGAAAUCACCGAACAGUACCCGCCACUCAUACAGUGGGUCAUGACACCAACAGCGCUGCUGUUUGCGGCGCAGUAUGCGGGUAUGGUUUGCAUCUGGUGCUACAUGCUCUUCUUUGGACGACCACUGGAGGCUGGUUUGAUGGGUGCUCUCCUUGCCUUCUUUCCAAGCUUCUAUGAAGCGCUGCUGCUGAGCGGCAACGAGCCACAUCGCUGGGUGGUGUGGGUGACUCUUGUGAAUUUUACCCUUGCCCUGGUGUGUCUCUGGAGCUUUGGUGCACCUCUGGUGUGGCGCGAGUACCGCGAGGUAAUGAAGGAGCUGCAAGGCCACACGGCACAGGCGCUUUUCAAAGACCGAUCGGAGACGCGCAAGAUGCACGCUCGCGGUGCUGCUCGGGUUGGUGGCGCAUGUAAGAAGUGGAAGCAAAGCUGA